CACUUUUACUUCCUUCCGGCACAAGACCGGCUGAGGCGGAACUAGCGAGUUAUGCAGCUACUUCCUACAUUUGAUUAACUUUAAAAGCUAAGUAACACUUUGUCAUCCUUCAGAUAUCCCGCUGUGUAUUUGAACUCACCAGUUAAAGAGGUGUGCUAUAUGACAGCGACUUGUUAUUCUGUGAAUAUAAACAUCUUCCCACCUAGAGUAGGAACUGAAACUCCCCGGCCAGCUAGGCUAGCCUCUCCAUGGCACCUCUCCGGGUUCUGUGCAUACAUGGUUACCGUCAGAACGGCAACUCGUUCCGUGAGAAGACGGGAGCUCUGCGGAAGCUGCUGAAGAAACAAGUGGAGCUUGUUUACCUGAGCGCACCGCACAGCGUGCCGGCGGCCAGACGCGAAGAAGUUCCGGAGAAAGAGAACGGCUCAGGUUCAGGUCCUGGCCCUGGAGCUGACGAGGACCCCAGGGGUUGGUGGUUCUCUGACGUCCAGGCUCGGAGUUUCAGCGCUCAGCAGCAGUGUGAGGAAAGCCUGGGGCUUGACGAGAGUGUGACAGCUGUGAGAGAAGCUGUGAAGGUCCAAGGUCCAUUUGACGGCAUCCUGGGCUUUAGUCAGGGGGCAGCUUUUGUGGCCAUGCUGUGCUCUCUUCAGGAGCAAAAACUGGAGCCAGAGUUCAGCUUCCGGUUUGCCAUCCUUGUCGCUGGUUUCCGCAGCGCAUGUAAGGAACACCAAAAAUUCUACAACACACCCCUCCGGAUCCCUUCCCUGCAUGUGUUUGGACUGGAGGACCGUGUCAUCCCCGACGUCAUGAGCAGGGAGCUCCUCCCCUCCUUCCAAGAGCCUCAGGUCCUGACACAUCCUGGUGGCCAUUUUGUUCCAGCUGCCUCUGCUCACAGACAAACCUACCAGGACUUUCUCAAGAGAUUCCCGUGAGAAGAGCUACAAUCUCUGAAUAAGACUCCAGCACUUAAAUAUGAGUGGGGAAUGUUGAUUAUUUAAUAUUGUGACAUCUUGUGUUAACAUAAUUGGAUCCAGAGGCACUUUGGGUUCAAAGUCAUGACCUUUGGAUGCUGUGAUCUGAUCCAUCCAAAACAAUUCAAUGACUGCUGUCCUCAGGGAAGAUGUCUUGUAAUAAACAAUAAAUAAGUUGACGACUGUUUAUUUUA